GAUGGAGUAGGCGCAACUCACUGCGGAGAGAGAGGGAAGAGCGGUACCCAUGUUCUGCCAGGACGUGACUCUCCGCCAAGUUGAGUUACACGUCAGUAGUGAACCUGUACUGGUGAGCGGACGUGUAUGGUGCGCGUCAGGCGGUUCCCGGAUGCACCGACAGAAACAUGGAACGGGUAGCGGUGGAGGUGCCGAUCAACAACGGUUUUUCCCUCGCCGGUCCCUCCACGACUCCACGAAAGCGUCAGGUGCGUUUUUCAGCACGGCAUGACAUCAUCCUUCUGCGAGAGGUCAUCGCCCAGAACCCCUUUGCCUCCAAAGAGCCAGGACGGAUCUGGGCUCGUGUGGGGGAAAUUAUCACAGCAGCCCUCCAAGAUGAAAAUUUUGAGGUGGACGCCAGGAGAUGUAGGGAGAGGACCAUGCUGUUGCUAGACUACUAUAAGAAGCAAGACUUUCCCAGCCUGCGCAGGUUUGGAACAGAGAGGUUGUACGCCCAAAAGGAGGAUCUCCUCCAUGAGGUUUUGGAGCUGGAGGCUGAGAAGGGGCUCCUGGCCAGCGGCGAGGGCACAAAGUACCAGGAUGAUGAGCUGAGAAAGCGAGCCAUAGAAGAAUUAACUCUGCCAGAGCAGGACAAACCCAGCAUCGCUAUCACACAAACACCCACUGCAGCAGAACCAGACGAAGAUCGUGAGGAAAUAGCUGAGCUGUCAGCGGCGCCCACAGCCAAGCGACCCUGCCAGUGCUGCUGCCAGACCUACUCUGAGAUUCUCAGCUUCCUGGAGAAACGCUCAGAGUCCGAGCAACGGCUGCGAGAGGAGGAGCUUGCGCUUCGUCGGGAGGAACUAGAGAUUCAGAGGAGUAAGAUCGCUCUGGAGAGGGAACGUCUGGGAGCUGAAAGAAAAGAGAGGGAGCGGAGAUUUGAGCUUGAGAGCCAGGAGAGGCAGGUCAUCUUGGACCUUUUAAAAGAGAAGGUGCUGAAAGGCUGAAAGAGAACAACUGUAUCACCUUCAUUUUUAGUGACAUCUCCAAAAAAGUCAAAGCAUGAAAUGGGGGGGGGGGGGGCAUAGGUGACUGCUAAAGAAUGGAAGCAAAAAUGGAGGCAGGAAGUGAAAAACGUGAUCAAAGAGAUGAGCAGUGCGUUGAGAUUCUAAAAUGUAGGAUGGUAAUGCAGCAUGUGCAGUCGCCUUUGUCGAUCUUAACAGCCAAACAAGAAAGUAAUGUGAGCGUGUGGGUUUACGCAGGCACAAACAGUAUGUGUGUAUGGUACAGAAAGAUGUAGAAUCGCUGACAGUGUUUAAAAGCAUCAGUAUUUGCCUAAACCAGCUGUGUAGACGUAAUCUAUAUAGAUCCCAGUAGAAACUCCCUGGGUUUCACUCCUCAUGGCACAGUCUGCAUGAGGAUUCAAAAGUGCUGAAAUGAUGGGAGUGUCACCUGAGAGAUGAAAUGCAGAAAAGGGUUUGGUAUCUUAGGUGUGGGGAUCCACCAAGCCAAAACUGGAAGACAGGACCACCAUGUACUACGAUGGCACGAAAGUGGAUGAAUGCCUUUUCUCGUGUGACCUACAGCAGUAUGUUUUUAUGAGUCCCAGUGACAGUGUAACCAUUCUUUAUGGUGCCAGGAUGGAAAAAAUUGAAGAACAACUAAGAAAAGCUGCACAUUUAAGCAAUUAACAGUAAAGUUAUGGUGCAGCUCUUGCUUCUGCAAACCCUGUAGCAUUUACAAUAUUAAUGACUUUACACAUGCUUUUUUGAGCCGCUACUUUUUCAAUCUGAAGAUUUUUUGAUUAACAUAGAAGUAAAACUAUAUUUUACUGACUGUGAAUACACUACACAUUGACUGGUAAGCACUUGUGUACUGCAGAAAUUCAAACUGAAAUAAGCCAUGAAGUGUGUUCCCAUAUAUUAUAUGGAUUUUUACUGAAAUUAGAUUAAGAAAUAAUGUCACAUCUUAGGUGUGUACAUUUCUUCUGCUAUAAGAUAGUCAAAUUUAUGUCAACAUCCUCAGUUUAAGCUGCUUUAUCUAGGUACAGUAAACUGUCAUUGGUUAAAAUUACAAUAUUAUGUAAACAUGGAAUUAAUGUCAAGAGCACUUUUAAUUACAUGUUUCACUGAUCUACAGGUCGUUUUUUCUGCCUAUGAGUUAUUAAAUAAUGUUGCUUUCAUUACAUGGCAGUUGCUACUGUGACAUUCUGUAUAUUGUUCUUAAAAAUGCUUUAAAUUAAAAUGCUAUUUUUCCUUAAGUCCCCACAACGUAGUCCACAUUGUCAAAAUUAAAGCGUAUAAAGAACAUUUGCUAACCUAAAACGUUAAUAAUUUCCAUUCUGUAAAUACUUUUUUUUUAAAAAGUAAUCUGUGUGUGGGUUCAUCAUGAUCACCACCAGCUACAUUUAAAUGACUCCAAUGUCACUGCACAAUUCAGAAAUUAAGCCAUAUAGUUUAUGUCAGGACC